GGGGGGGCGCACGCAUAGGGUUGGGGAGCUGUAUGAUCUGCGCAGGGCCCAUUGGCUUUGAGUGGCUGUUACCAAGGACCAAAAGAUGCAUGCUGCAUUCGGGGACGCGGUGCUGUUGCAGCUCGCAGCUCCGUUGCACCAACAACACGGUCACACGGGUUCGGUUUGGACUUUGAAGAGACCGGCGCCCCUCCAGAAGAAGCCAAGAGAUAUCUGCAUCGGACAGACGCCUGGAUCAAAACUACGGCCCUCUCCCGUAGACGCUCUCCCGGCCAGAGUCUGAGAGUCUUUUCACUCGUUUUUCUUCUUUCCUACAUCUCCAACGCCAGACAUACAUCGAAAGGCCUCGAUCGAUCCAUUACCGCCUCGCUGGCCGUUGUCUCUGUUUCCUCGCCGAAGGGGUUUCUGCCCUUUUUGUCGUUUUCGUGUUUCUCAAACCUUGUCCGGACUCGCCCUGGCCCGGUACCCAUCACCACCAUCAUCAUCUCGUCCCAACCCGUGCGUGGUUGAUCGCCGAUUUGGCUGAAAACGGUCGUCCAAUCGUCCACCUCUCCAAUAUUGGCUUCAGCCCAGGUUUAAGAAAAGAUCAAAGUACAAACUCAACAACACACCGUCCCGUCUGCGACGUGAACCUUUUACGAAUCCGCGUCUACUUCUUGCCUUCGGACCUGUCACGACUCUUGCUCGCCCACCUUCGCUCCCUCCCGCCCUAACACGUAGAGUAACACUCAUCCCACCCGGCGUCAUCUCAUGCCACGUUCCAGAAUCCCGAGGUUUAUCUUAUUUUGAUAAUCGCUCUGCACUGCGACUCUUAUUACUACCCGAACUUGUCUUAUCGCUUCUUUACUUCCCGUCUGAGACAUCCGCCGCGUCGGUCACUAGUACCUAUUCUCUAUUCUUCGUUCCUCACUUUUUGCGCCUUUACCCUUUUGACAUCUUUUCCCCAUCGAAUCUCAUUUGGUGUCCCCAUCUUCUCAUAACAGAAAACGUCACUGGCAUGCUGGGCAAUCUCCAAACGGAAAACUAGUCGAAACAGAGGAAGGAAGGAAAGAAACGAAAAAAAGAAGGGGAAAAAAUACAACGGGACUCGUCACCGCCGAGAAAGGAUCAUGCUGAAGGCUGUCCGCGCAAACUCUCAAUCCUCUUCACCUCUUUUCGCCCGCCUUUGAUCUCUCGGACCAUCGUGUUGUUGUUCAACCAACUCGAGAUCUCUGGUGGUGCAGCGGGCAAAAACACACCCAUAAUAGCCACCACCACCACCACCACAACACAAUGGAGCGCCCCCACCGUCCUCCGCCGCUCACGAUACCCCCUCCGCCCCGAAGCCGGACCCGAGUCCGGAGACCUCGCCGUCCCAACGCACAACAGGCGCGACAGUUCAAGCGAUGGCUCCUCCGCGCCCAAAUCGCCAAUGACGUAGCGCACGUCGCCGCCGCAUCAAUACUCUUAUGGAUCAUGUCGUGGUUCCUCUACAACGUCCCGUUUCCUCUGACAUAUCCCGCAGGUCCCGCCGCCGUAGCCCUGAUCGCAAUCCUCUCCACAGACAUCCUCCUCGACGCCCGCUCAAUAGUCCACGCCCACGACCCCUGGCCAGGCUGGACGCUCCUCAUCCGCCUCGUUCUAGGCGCCUCCCUCAUCGCAAUUUUCUGGGUCUACAUCUCUCUCGGCGACGUCUUUGCGCGCGGGUUCACGUACUGGGGUAUGUCCGACGCCUACGGCCGCGUGAUGGCGUACAUGUUCCUCUGGGGCAUCGGGCUCUGGGAUUUGCUCUUUGUGUUGCUGUGUCGGCAUUGGCUGGGCAAGGAGGUCAAGAGGUACGGGGAGAAGGCGAGACAGGUGUUUGGGAACGAGAAUGGGAGAAGGAGGGGGAUUAGAGGGAGGAUGUCGCCUGGUGGGAGCGCGAUGAGGCUUGGGAGUGCGGGUGGAGAGCGCCCUGAUCGGAUUGGUGUUGUCGAUCUCGAGGCUGCGAGGCCUGUUGAGGAGGGCGGCGGCGGUGAUGUCGGUGGGGAGAGGGUUGGGUUACCUGCCCGGAUGGGUGUGAGGAGAGUCAAGAACAGCGUGAGUGCCAGCGUCAACUCCGUCGCGAGCGGGACGGGGCCGGGGAAUGGGAUAGGAAACGAGGAUUCAUCGCCUCCUCCGCCUGCAUUUAUGAGGCCUGCAUGACGAUCGUCUGGAGUACGAAGCUGGAAAACAAGAUACCUGGCAUAGCAUAGUUACUGCCACGAAAAGAAGUCUACAUUAGUUAAUGAUAAUCAAUAUCAAAUGCC